AGCCUGGGCUCGCCCGUCCCUUUGAGCUCCCCCGCCUGCGCCUUCUCUCGCGCCAGGCCCCAGCAGGGCUAAUCUUCUCCCGCCGCUGCUGGGAGGGAAGGCUCAAAGGUCCCUCGCUCGGCUGUGCCUUCCCAGCUCCACCCGACCCCCCUGGGCCCGCGAUGACCGUGGGGGGCACUCUGAGAGCCGAGCGCCCCCGGCGGCGGGGGCCUGCGGACGACAAGAUCGCUAUCCUCGAGGGGGAGGAAGAGGAGGAAAAGCUGCAGCAGCAACGAGCUACCCUCGAAGGGGAGGACGGGCCCGGCUGGCCCUCCAAAAAAGUCGCCUUCGCCUUCCUCCCGGACAACUACCAACCCCUAGGCUGGGGCGGAGAGGCGGCGCAGGAAGCCGAGCGCAAAAGCAAAAAACGCCGGAGGAAGCUCAAGAAAUACGGCAAGAAUGUGGGCAAAGCGCUGCGAAAAGGAUGCCAUUUCCUGGUGCUCGGCCUGCAGGGUCUGGCCAACGCCUACUCGUCACCAUUCGGAGUGGCUGUUUCGGUAGUGACAACAUUUCGUUAGACAUGCGGCUUGCUGCUUUUGGAAGAUGGAAAACGAAGAAAGAAGCCAUCACCGAAACACGUGGCAAGUUCUCCUUUGCUGACACACUUUGUCUUUCAACUCUUAACUCUGCAAUUAGAAAGAAAUGGACUGGAUUGGACAUUUGGGACGUCUCGUUUGCUCUUCUCGAGCAUUUCUCUCUUACUGCUUUCAUAAGCAAUGGGAUAAAAAUCAGAUCAAAAGAACGAGUGAGGUGAAAGAUUAAAAGAAACUUUGAUUACUUAGAUCAGAUCUAGAAAUAUACUACUUUUUUUCUCUAGUGGUUUUCUUACCAUUUUUAUAAGUGCUGGGAUGAAAAUCAGAUCAAAAGAAGGAGUGAAAGUAACAAUACUUUGAUUACCUGGUCCAGAUCUAGAAAUAUAGUAUUAUGCACACACAAAAAGGCACACACAGAAGCUGUGGAGGAAGAGGAAGAAAGCAAGAGGGGGAAAGAGGUGAGAAUGUAGAAAGAGAGACAGGUAAAGGAGGGGAGAUAAAAGGAGAGGAAGUUGCCACUAAGUGCACACAAAACAGCAUUUUGGCAACAUAAAGUACUUGGGGGUUGGAGAUGUUUUCACAGGAAGCCUGAUGCAUUUAGGCCUGUCCUUUAUUUUUAAGGCCUUCUUCAGGGGACUGUAGUAGAAGGAAGUGGCUACAGAAUUUCUUCCAGCAAAAAAGAUUGUCGUUGGAAGGACCCCUUCAGAGCCAGGCAUUCUGGCCUGGUGGACUUUCUGAAGAGCUAUGCUCUCCAGAGAGCCAUGCUGGAUGCUGUCCCGCUGUAGCAAAUCCAACACAGAACCGUAGCUGUCAGUGCUCUCUGGAAUAUCCGCUGGAGGCGGCAGGCCUGCCCGGAUGGGGCAAGGAGGAGCAAUGCAAUUCACUCCUCCCGCUCCACCGCCUGAGGCAGGGGCUGCACCCUGCUUCAUGGGAGGGCCAGCGCUUUGUCCGCAGGUUUAAAGUACAGGAGCACUGCCAGACAUAAGCAGAGAAGAAGAAAUGGGAGAGAAGGUGGAUCAGGAAGAGAAAUUAACUAGCAAAAUUAGGACUUUGGGGCAGCUUUCUGUACAUGGUUAAAUCAUAGCAAUCAUACAGGCAAGCAUCCUGCAUGAGCCAUUUACAGAUACCUUGUAGUCUUGGUGUGACAGGUUGAUUCUAAAAGGUUGAAAUGCCCCAUCCUAAGGCUUAGCUACCGGCAGUAAGACCUUUAAGCUAAAAUAUGCUGCUGUUGUUGUUGUUAUUGCCCUGCCUCUUUUGCCACACCCACCAAUGGAUUGCAGCCCCCUGAAAGCUUCUCUGAAAUAUAAUUACCCCCCUUCCCACAUUGUUUUCCUGUAGAAAAUCCCCCCCCCCCAUUCCCUGAUCUUUGCCCCUGAAACUUCUACUUUUUGCAAUAGCAGCUUUGGGGGCAAAUAGGAGCUUUUUGGCGGUGGGGGCAGGGAGGAGAUUUUCUGCGUGGGGAAAAAUACAGUGGGGAAAGGGUUAAUCCACCUCCCAGGCAUCAUAGUCCAAACCUGGAUGAUGGGCUCCAUGGGUUGUUGUAAAAAAAAAUAUGUUGGUAAUCACAAAAACAGAUUCAAUCAUGCCUUUCAGUAAAGCCUAGUUCAGUAAAUAAGCCAAGAAAAGUUACUAACCUGCAAUAGUUGUUAAUCUAUGAUGUAUAAUACCACUGAUAAACUUUUUUUUUUUUUAAAAAAAAUCAGUUUUAAAUUCGCACUGAUGAAAUUGCUCAAAGUAUUAAAAAAUAUCCAAUUGUAUUUCCUCUCCUGUAUCUAUUGGUUCAAAUCUCUGUUCCACUUUAUUUCAGUUUUAAAUGAAAACUGAAUACCUUCAUGUUCAAAAAAUAAUCUGAAAUUUUGCUCAGAAGGUUGCAGGUUGAGUAAUUUGUAAUCCGGGUUUCAAUUUUAGUUUUUUUCUUGAACGUGUGUAUAUUUAUUCUAGGGUAACCAUAUGAAAUGGAGGACAGGGCUCCUGUAUCUUUAACAGUUGUAUUGAAAGGGGAAUUUCAGCAGAUGUCAUUUGUAUGCAUGCAGCACCUGUUGAAAUCUCUUCUUCAUCACAACAGUUAAAGCUGCAGGAGUUAUACUAGAGUGACCAGAUACAAAAGAGGGCAGGGCUCCUGCAGUUUUAACUGUUGUAAUGAAGAGGGACUUUCACCAGCAGCUGCAUGCAUACAAAUGACAUCUGCUGAAAUUCCCCUUUCAAUACCACUGUUAAACAUACAGCAGUCCUGUCCUCCUUUUCAUAUGGUCAUGCUAACUUAUUUAUAAGUUGCGUCCUAAUAUGACAAAUUUAAAAUAUUGGAAAAUAGGAGGCCUAAAGUUGUCCAUUUGAUUAAUCAGCUCUUCAUAUGAAAUUAUAUGAUCAUCUACCAAUACACUUUUAAUACUAAGCAGAUCAUUUUGUGUCUUUGUUAAUAUAUCUGCUAUGUUUUGUUCUAAAUAACUUGCUUGUUCAUUAUAUAUAAUGAAUCCAUUCUAUAUAAAAUAGUACAACAAAUUAAAGAGAAUUCCAAAAAAACCAACAACAACCUCCUUCAACAGCGAGAUAUAGAUACGGACAAUUUCUGGCUGGAAGAGGAGUUCAUAACCUUUUGCAGGGGUUGUAUUUGUGUUUUUAACUUGUUGGUUGUUUUAUGAUGGUUUUAAUUUUUGUGAACCGCCCAGAGAGCUUCGGCUAUUGGGCGGUAUAAAAAUGUAAUAAAAUAAAUAAAUAAAUAAAUAAACCAGGCGAAGAAAAAUUAUUCAAGAGGUGAAUUCUGAAGUUCUUCUAGUGCUUUUGCUAUUUUCCCUGCCCCCUGACCUCAUCUUCCUUUGAGGGCUCAGCUUCCCUGCCCCAGAUGUCUUCCCCUCACACACAUCUUAAAUUGGAAGCUCUAUCUAUGCUGUCCUUAAAGCGCCAUGAAAAUCAGGGAGGCUGGAAAUACAAUAAUAUAUAACUUAUUCAUCUCCGUGCCUGAGGCCUUCAACAAUCCAGUCUCAACAAAAGAGAAUUAAGGAAAAUAAAAGGCACAUUGAUAAAUGGAAACACGGAAGCUGAUAGUUGAGCAACUUGGACCUAUAGCUCCACCUAAUUGGAAGCAUCGGUCACACAUGUCCGGUUUUCAUGCCUAGUCGCUAAGACACAAAAACAUGAAUGGCAUCAUUGUAAGGUUGUUCUUUAGUGCCCUCUGCUGUGAAGAAUUUGAAUUCUCCUGGGAAUUAGCAACACACAUGUUUAAAUAAUACAUGAAAAAAGUUCCGUUAGAAUAGCCUUCCCCAACCUUGUGCCCUCCAGAUGUGUUGGACUACAACUCCCAUCCAUUGUAGCCCAACACAUCUGGAAGGCACAAAGUCAGGAAAAGUUGCAUUAUAAACAUGCUUCAGGGGAACACUGUGUUAGAAAUAUGUGUAUAAUACAAAAAGCAUUAUAAACAUACUUUCCCCAGAAUGAAGAGAUGGCAAAUGCCAAUUUGAUAAACUGGGCUCCUAAAUGAAACAAUGGACCAGCCUUGGUGCCCACUCUUUGGAAAGAAAUGGGAUGGGAUUCCACCCCACUGCAUUUUACUACAUAGAUGUUACAAAUAGCUAGGAUUUAUUUAUUUUAUUAUUUAUUUAUUGCAUUUCUAUUCCGCCCAAUAGCCGGAGCUCUCUGGGCGGUUCACAAACAUCUGAGAAUCAACAAUUGCUCUGUUGAUUCUCAGAUGCCAUAGAGCAAAAAGGACAUGAACUGUGUGAUCAAAUAGUUUGGAUAUGCCCCUAGGUAAUGCUCUGCUAGUUGCACAGCAAUCUGUUUUCAUUGUUCUUAUGGUUAUGUUAGCGAGCAUGCUAACUGGUUAUGUUAGUGAGAAUGCUUGUUCUGGAAAUCAAGUGACUUAAAUUACAGCGUGAAAUGCAGACAGACUCAAAAUCCAAAUGCAAUUUCUAGAAGACCUUGACUUAGAUACAAAGCAGUUCAAUUCAAUCCAUUCACACUUUCCACAUUCAUUCAGAUUGGAGCAAUGGAACCUGAUGGCCACUUAGCUCAUAUACUCCAUCAGAAGAAGGAGGUGUUCUGUGGACAGCUGCUUCUUUGGUGCCCAAGUCUUCCUCAGAGUUCUGUUUAUUUGGGGGGGAAACACAUCUUUUGGCUAUGUGUCCUGGUUGUACAUUAAUUGGGCUUUGAUGCUGAAGGACAUCAACUUUCCUUCAAAAGUGUUGACCCCCUCUUCACCU